ACGGCCUUCCCAUCCCCUCUUUCUUUCUCUCUUUUCUUUCUUCAUCUGAGUCGUCGUCUCCGGCCGUCUUCUCCAGUUUCCGGCCGUCUUCUUCAGUUCCUCCAGCUUCCGGCAGACGGCGCAGACCCGGCCUCGCCUGAGCCAGACAGUUGCGGGACAGCCUCAUCACCGAUUCUUCAUCCAGGCUUCAGAAAUUUGAUUGUUUGGAACAAACCAAUGGAGCUUGAUGAUUGGGAAAGCGAUAAUUCGGAUAGUGUAGUUGAUGUUAAUGAAGAAGAUGAAGGAGAAGAAUGUUACCUUGCAUCAUUUAGUAAACCCAAGGUUCAAUUCAGGAAACAUUUAUCCAAGGCUCGUUGGAUCAAUGAGAUGGGAAUGUCAGAGAUUCUGGAGAUUAAAGGUCAACUAUGGAGAACUAUUGGAGUAGUUCGAGAUAGCAAGAUAUAUUGCUCAAUUGAAGAAACUCUGUAUUUGGCUGAAGAAGGGGCAUUACAUUUGUUAACUGAUGAUGAUGAUGGUGAUAAAGUUGUCCAAUUAAGAGAUUUACACAAUAAACUUGCAUCAGGAAAACAUGGUUGCUGUUUUGAGUCGUACGAGGUUUACAAGCAUUUGAGAUCUCUCGGUUAUAUAGUUGGGCGACAUGGAGUUCUUUGGAGCACUAAAAGCCAGUUAUUGGGUUCUUCUUCCAUGAAGAUAGAUGAAUUAUUUGAAAAAUUGCAGAUUAAUAAUGAUGGAAUAAGACCUGUUUUUGAUGUUUACUCUCCUAAUAGCAAGUUUAGAAAGACAUCUCCUGGAAAUCCCUGUUUCAUUCUAUGUCUAACCAGUGAUAAACCUCCGUCGAGAAGAGAAAUUGGCGACAUUGAGAAACAAUGUGACGGGAUUCCAGUAAAGUUUUGUCAUGUGGAACAUGGUAGGAUUAGUUUCUUUUCAUAUGAAAAAGUGGAUAUUCCUUCCCUUCCUUGACAUGCAAAGAAUGUACCAUUUAGAUCCAAAUUCAUUUGAGAAAAUAAAACCAAUAAAUUUUCGAAUCAGUCUUAUUUAACUCUUUCUAUUGAGCACAGGUGUUGGUUUGUAAUGCCCCUUUUUAAGCAACUUUUUAUCGCAUGUACAAAGUAUGGAAAUUUUCUUUCCAUACUCUAUUAAAAUCCCUGUUUAAUAGAAGAAUUUUGAAAUCAUAACUUGUUUAUGCUGA